AUGCAGGCUGUAAUACAGAGGCAGUGAAAGUGAGGGUCUGAAAGAUGUAGUGCCAGGCCGGACAAGGCUCCGUAGAAGCAGCCAACAGGAAAACGCUGGGGAAUCCGCAGACACCGACAGGCCGCAGGAAACAAUAACUGCAAGCACUGACCGGGAGAGGUUCACCACUGACAGGCAAGAAAACGGUGCUGCAAAAAACGCUCUGCAGAGAAUUGAUACAGGACCAACCACUUCCUCAGCACAGCAAACUCGGGCAUUCUGGCAAGGACCACGAACAAGUUGCAUGAGCCCUCACAAACACAUCCAGCACCACGCAGCCCCCGCAAGCCUUACCCACCGCAGAGCACGCCAAUUACUCCGCCAGCACAACCCAAUGACUGACGCCAAGCAGGGAUCCCACAAGGAAACAGAAAAAUCGACACCACAGACAGCCAACCGAAGCGGAGCCCAGGAAAGGACAAAGAAAAAUGAAAAAGAAAAAAAUGGUGGGGGAAUGGCAGACCAUGCGAGGGAAGCGGAUGGUGACCGGAAAUAG